UUUGCCGUGAAGAUGCGCACCGCUAUCAUUCAUACAUGCACAAAAGCAGAGACACAACAUCGCGAAUCGGUUUCGGAUCCGGCAGCACAUAAAUAAAUACCUUUCAAGUUCACCGCAUUCGUGUGCUUUCUCUUUGUGGUGGCAAAGAAAACUUUACACCGAAACGACGACCAUUGCAAAUUAAAAAGAAAAAAAUCCUCCACAGCAGACUAGCCGAUCCGCUGAGCUUCCUGUCGUCCGUCCGGACAGCAGCAAUUGAACCGAAGAACCGUCCCUCCCGGCCAUCAAGUAGUAGCCUUCCGCAUUUAAUCGUCAACAUUACGUCCUCAAGCCGGAAACUAUCGGACCUGGUGAUGGCGAAGCGUGCCGCCGGAUUUCUCAUAUUUCGUCGAUUGCGGGAGCGAAUCGAGUAUCUGAUGCUGCAGGCAUCAUACGGACAACACCACUGGUCUCCCCCGAAAGGGCACGUCGAUCCCGGCGAGGACGAUUUUAAGACGGCCCUGCGCGAGACGGCCGAGGAGUCUGGCUACCUGGAGAGUGAUCUCCGAAUUUUCAAGAACCAAACUCGCACCCUCGAAUACAAAGUCAAAGGCCACGACAAGGCGGUCGUCUACUGGCUGGCCGAACUGAUCGACCCGGCCAAGGAAGCCAAACUGUCCGACGAACACCAGGAUCUCAAGUGGCUCGAGCGGGACCCGGCGAUAGAAAUCGCCGGCUACGAGGGCUUUGCCGUCAUGGUACGAUACUUUGAUGACAAAAUCAAACAAAGCUACGACCAGCUGUGAGUGAGUUGAGUACUAAUUUCAUAUAUCCUCUUAAUUAUAAUAUGAUGAUAGCCUAACAAAGACGAAGAACAACGCUAAUAUUUAAAAAUGAGAACGAGUUUUCCUUUCCACUUUUGUCCUAAUACACACGCCUACAAAUAUAUAUCUAUACAUAUUUAAAAUACAGUUAAAUGUAUAUUUAGACGGAAGCAAAAAACAGCACUUCAUGCGUUGUUGGCGAGAGAGAACGUGCAUCAGUUUACAGUUUUUAUCCAAUUAGCUUUUUAAAGCCAAGUGGCUGCGUUUUAAGGAUAUCGGAUGGAAUGGGGCAGAGGGGACGGGAGGACUAUUGGAAUGAGAUCAGGGAAGAUACGCUACAGGAUUUGACCUAAAAACCACAAAAUGGGAUUGCGACAAGUUUUGCUUGCGAAAAUACUGAUUAAUAUUAAUACCUAAUACAUAUGUGACAAAAACAAAAAUCUAAGGCUCAGUGAACGAAAUAAACGAAAGAAUUUCAAUG